AUGGAACAAGACCUCCCUGAAGAUCUAGGCAAGCUGAGCAACCUGCAGCAGCUGCAUAUCCGUUUCUGCCCGAUCGGGAAGCUUCCAGCGUCCUUCACUGCUCUCAGCAGCCUUCAUAUCCUCACAAUCGAGCAUUGUAACGAGCUCGCUUCAGUAACAGGGAGUUUGGACAACCUUAAGGGGCUCAAGCAGCUGACUCUGAAGCUGGAGGGCACAGUUCAAAGAGCAGCCGGAAUCAGCAGCAGCAGCGACAACAACAACUUUCCCGAAUUGAAAAACCUAGAGCAUGUGGAGCAUCUGGAACUAGCCAUUGGACAGGCUGUUGAGCAGUUUCCAUUCCCUCGGUUUCCGUUCCCGCAGCUCCGCAUCUUGAAACUCUCAUAUGGUGAACAGAUUCGGAAACUUCCAAGCAACCUCGGGCGUGAUCUGCCACAGCUACGGCAGCUGCGGUUGCACUUCACCAACGGAUUGACGGAGCUGCCAGAGACCAUCACACUGCUCCAGCACCUCACAUCGCUGGACGUGGAAUACGCAUCCCAGCUAGCCUCCCUCCCACAUGGCAUUGGAGCCUUAUCCAGGCUGAGGAGGCUUCGCCUGUCCCACUGCUCAGCACUGCAGCACCUCCCUGCCUCCCUCACGCGCCUCAAGUGUCUUCACGAGCUGGAUGCCGAGGGAGCAUGCAUCCGCGCCCUUCCUCCCAACGUGGCCCAGCUGACCCGGCUCAGGCGGCUCUCCUUGAAGGGGUGCAAGCAGCUGCGGGUGCUGCCAGAGGGGGUGACCGACCUCAAGAUGCUGCGGUUCCUGGGGUUGAAAGGGAGUGAGCUUGCGAUUGACAAUGUGAGCGAGGAGCAGGAAUGUGGCUUCCGUAGAAUUUAUGACUUGAGGACAGACUUUGUUGGCAGUGAGUAG